AUGGCCAGCGCGCAGUACACGCUACCUAAGCUCCCCUACGCUUACGAUGCUCUCGAGCCUCACAUCUCGGCUCAAAUCAUGGAGCUACACCACAGCAAACAUCACCAAACAUACGUCACGAACCUGAACAAAGCCAUCGAGACCUACAACGCAAACCCUCUUCAAAGUCGAUUCGCGGUCCUCGCAGCCCUCAACUUUCACGGUGGUGGCCACAUCAACCACUCUCUCUUCUGGGAGAACCUCUCCCCAGCUUCAAGCCCGGAUGCUUCGCCCGAUGCGGCACCGAAGCUGAUCGCCGAGAUUACUCGUAUCUGGGAUGGCCUCGAUCAAUUCAAAGUGGCCUUUAAUACCGCUCUUCUGGGUAUCACCGGCAGCGGCUGGGGUUGGCUGGUCAAGGACGACGUCACCGGCCUCAGCAUUGUUACCACCAAGGACCAGGACCCUGUCACCAAGGGUGUGCCCAUCUUUGGUGUCGACAUGUGGGAGCACGCGUACUACCUACAGUACCUCAACGGCAAGGCGGCAUAUGUGGAGAAUAUUUGGAACGUCAUCAACUGGAAGACCUCAGAGCUCAGGUUCUCGGGCAGUCGAGAUGAUGCCUUUAAGGCAUUGAAGGCAGUACUCUGA